CAGAGGCGCGGCGCGCGGGCAGGCGGCCCCGCGGCCGGCGCGAUGCAGCCGGCCGAGCUCUGCAGCCCGUUUUUGUCCCAGCAGCCGCUACCCGACUCGUGGCCGCCCGUCGAGGAGGAGCUCUACGACUGCCUGGACUAUCACUACCUGCGCGACUUCCCCGCCUGCGGGGCUGGGCACAGCAAGGGCCGGACGCGGCGCGAGCGGGAGCUGCACACCAACUGGACGGUGCCCGGCGGCCACGAGCGCAAGGUCGCGCAGAAGCUCCUCAACGGCCAGCGCCAGCGUCGCCAGCGGCAGCUGCAGCCGCGGCCGCGCACUCGGCUCACCUGAGUCAACGCCUCCCCCAGGCUCCACGCCCCCAACGCCCCGGCGAUCGCCCUGACCGCGGCUGCAAGACUGAGCCUUUGAGAGUUUGGGGUCUGGGCUAAACGGACUAACUCGGAAAGACAGAACCUAACGUUUAACAAAUGCAAGUGAGAGAUUUCGGACCUAACAGACUAACGUGUUUGUUUUUGUUGGAUUUCCUGCAGAACACCUGAAGGGCUGUUUAAGUUUUGUUUUUUUUUUUUUUUUUUUGUCUUUCUGGCUCCACCUGUAACUAGUGGCGGUCCGAAUUCAUGUUAGUCGACAGUUCUCUUUGCCAUCACUUAAUUUGACUGUUUCAGUGUUAAGUACCGAUUGUUAAUUUCUUAGCAACCAAGUAGGUAUGCCUUUUGGGCGCUUUUAAUUAAAAGAGAGAAGCAA